AUCAGUCAAAUACGAGCGCUUGGAGUGCAACGAGAUUGUGCCAGAUCAGGUGAAUUGCGACAACAGCGAUGAUGACCUGAGCAAUUCUAUAGUCUCCGGCUGCCUGGAGAAUUGUGCUCUGCUUCACUCGGAUAGCGACGUAAGCGAGGAAGCCUUGAGCUUCGUUCCGCCCUGGCUUUUUCGAUGUGCGUGUGGGGUGCCACACGAAGUCCAGAAACUCGCCAGAACGAGAGAUGACGAUCGGACGGGGAAGCGGCUUACGAUGUUUUUCACUUCUGGGCCGGCAGUGAGAUUGCUAUGGCCUGCGACAGUCGUCCACCUUACCUUUGCGGCCACCCUCCCUUGGGUGGCGAUGCCCUUCACGCACUGCAAUGCUGAUGGGAAAUCAGUCUACCCAGGUUGGCUCUGGUUGGGAUUCUUCCCCUUCGUCCUCAUCAUGCUGGCCAUUGAGUGGCGCUGCUUCACUUGGACUGUGGUGCCCAUGCUCCAGUGGGUCGAGAACCUGGAAAUACCAUUUGUGGAAAAAGCGCCAUUCCCGGUCUGGCUCGUCUACACGGCUUUCGUAAGCGUAAUCACCCACAUGGACGUGAUGACGCAGGGCCUUUUCCUGGCGACCACACUGCAUAGAUUCCAUUGCGCAGGUUUCAGUCAUGCCGCUGAAUCGUGGAAGGAAGUGUGGGGCACUUCCUUGUUCUCCUGGAUCUCCUGGGGUGCCAACCUGGAGACUCUUGUCAUCCUCAGCUGGGCGAUCUUCGUGAU